AUGUCGGUUCUCUUGGAAACCAGCUCGGGCGACAUUGUGAUUGACCUUUUGGUCGACUACGCGCCCAAGCUGUGCGAAAAUUUUUUGAAGCUCUGCAAAGUCAAGUACUACAACUUCUCGCCGGUUCACUCCGUCCAGAAGAACUUUUCCUUCCAGACCGGCGAUCCCCUAGGACCACUGUCCACGGAAUCCGAUGGAGGCACGUCGAUUUGGGGCCUUUUGUCGGGUGACGGCUCGAAGAAGAUGUUCCCAGCCUUCUUCCACCCGAAGCUGAAGCAUCUCGAGCGGGGCACUGUCAGCAUGGCCACGGCGCCGUUGGACUCGGACCCGGAUACCCGCGUGGCAGCGUCCCAGUUCAUUGUUACUCUGGGCGACGACACCGACUACCUGGACGGUAAAGCCGCUAUAUUUGGCAAGGUCGUUGAGGGUUUCGACGUACUGGAAAAGAUCAACGAGGCAAUUGUGGACGACAAGGGGCACCCGCUCAUCGACAUCCGAAUCAAGCACACGAUCAUCCUCGACGACCCGUACCCCGACCCCCCCGAGCUGCGCGAACCCAGUGCUUCGCCGCCUCCGACCAAGUCACAACUCGAGACUGUCCGUAUCGCGGACGAGGCUGCCCUGCACGAAGAUGACGAUCUGGACGAAGAGGCUAUCGAGAAACGGCGGAGGGACAGGGAGGCACGAGCGCAGGCCCUCACUCUGGAAAUGAUGGGUGACCUGCCGUUCGCCGAAGUCGCUCCGCCCGAGAACGUUCUCUUUGUCUGCAAGCUCAACCCUGUCACGACAGAUGCAGACUUAGAACUCAUCUUUGGCCGGUUCGGCAAGAUUCUGAGUUGCGAGGUGAUCCGUGACGCCAAGACCGGCGACAGUCUUCAGUACGCCUUCAUCGAAUAUGCCGACAAGGCGUCCUGCGAGGCAGCUUAUUCCAAGAUGCAGGACGUCCUGAUCGACGAUCGCCGUAUCCACGUCGACUUCUCGCAGAGUGUGAGCAAGCUGAGUCAGGUCUGGCGAGACGACACAAAUCAGAAGCGUAGGAAGCACGCUUCCAGAGGCGGUUGGGGAGGAGUCGACGAGCUCGAGAAGAGGCGACAAUACCGCGACGAGUACGAGCGGAAUGGAGACAACUACGACCUCGUGUACGGAGAAGAGGAGAUGAAGGGCCGUCACCAACGUACCAAGGAUCGUCGCUCGGAGCCAGAGCGUCAACCGGAGCAGGACAGAGAGCAGCGGGACAAAGACCGCCCCAGAGCAGAACGGGAACGGAGACGAAGCCGAAGCCCCGGACGUCCAAGGGCCAGGGACAGGGACAGCAGGGGAGAGAGAGAUCGAUAUCGAUCCGACGACCGGGGUUCCGGACGACGGUACGAUCACCAAGACCGGCGGCGGGACGAUCGGGAAUCGGGUCGCAGAGACCGCAGAGAUUGGGACAAUCGGAAUCGAGGCAGGGAUCGAGAGUCGGAGAGACGAAGAUAG